AUGAAUGAUCCUGAACUCAGGGCAGAACUGGUUAAAGCGACAAACGAGUACAAUGACAGCAUCGGUGCCACUGAGCGAAAGAUGGCCCACUCGGCAAAGUUGAAGCUCAAAUUGCUUAUCGGCUCAUGCAUUGUAGAAGCUGAAAUCGACUUUCUACAAAAAGUUCAAGCCGCUGCUGAAGUCUCCGCCUCCACUGAUACGCAAGUAGAGAAUGCAUCUACACUUUCUUCUCCUGUUGCGUCGCCACCAAAUGUUGUUGACAAUCGUUCCUCCUCGCGUGGAGUCAAGCGAGCAAGACUUUACGCCUCGCAUUCAAAUGAAACUCUACUGCAACACAUUCCUGACUCCCAGCAAGUGAAAAGCUUUCCGUGGAAGAGGUUUCGCGAUGGCAAUGGUGAAAUCAAGGAGAAGACAUGCACCAUCAGACUGGCUUAUUGGCCUGCUGACGUUCCUUUUGGCACACCUAGCCAUUGGCAAGAAAACGCUAGAGAAUAUAGGCGUAAAAUAAUGGCUGUAUUGAACGAGAUAACUUCCAUCGUUACAGAACAUUACAGCAGCAACAAGAACAGCCACAGCAUGCGCAACAAAUACAACAACAACAGCAACAAAUACAGCACCCGCAACAACAACUGGAGCAGCUACCACGACAACAACAACACGAGAGCUUUAGUCGAGCAUCGACAUCUUUUGAUCUCUCUUUUUUAAUUAUGUUUCAUAUUUUUAUCCAUCUACUGACGAAAAUCAAUACUUGAUUCUAACCUCUCUUAUCCUUCUAUGAAUCUUUAAUAGCGCUGCAUAGAUGUAGACGCUAAGCUACACAUAUUUUGGUUAGUGUUAUUGAUUUGAUAUGUCGUUAGUUUACUCUGGCAGUCUUUCAAAUUUUUUCUUCG